ACUGGGCCGGUGCGAAGGCAUCGCCAGUCUCCGCCGUGAGCUCGUGGGAGGAGCAGGCGGCAGGGCGAGGACGAAGCCGCCGGGCCGGAACGCGAAGCACAUGCUGGGCCCUCUCCGCCGCGCCGCCGCUGCAGUGUCCGCACCGGCGGCGAUCCUUCGGCAGUUCCGGUGCGCUUACCAUCGAAACAAUGAGAGACUAUUGCCCUGUCGAGACCAGCAAGUUUCAUAUGGUCUUAAUUGGGCUAUUGCUGGAAAAGGUGUUGUUGUAAAAGACAAGUUGUUCUAUAACUUGGCCACAUCAGAACUUCAGAAAGGUGGUGCUGUUCACACAGAGCAUCUGUCUGGCAUUCCACUUCAUGUUAGAGGCAAUGUCAUCAGUGGGAUUCCUGAUGUUUCAAGAGCUCAAUUUGCCAAGCUUCUGAAACUGGUGACCUUUCAUCUUUCAUCCAUCUCAAGUUUGUACGUCCAAGAUGGUGCUGUUGGUUCAUCUGUGGAGUGUAAUGCAAAAGUCCGUGUUAUUAGUGAUAACCCCUCUGCUGUUAUUUUACUUUCCAAUGUCCUUUGGAAAACAUCAGAUCGUUCUAUUUCCCAUGACACAUGCCCACUGACUAUAUAUGUUGCAAGUUCCAUAAGUACUAAUGUCAGGAAUGCUCUUGGUUCUGGAAUACAAUAUGCUAAUGGGUUUGCAGCAGCAGACAUAGAACGCUCUUCACUUAUCCUAUGUGGCAAAGCAUUUGCUGAUUCCACUAUGCUCAAAGAUUCUCUUAGCGCUUUGACUGCCCCUAUAAUAUCUGCAAGGGGAGGCUUGCCAUUUCCUGGAUGGCUCCUAUCUUUUUGUGGUUCUGCUAUACUGUUGUUUGCUCCAAUGGAGGUUAUCAAGUCCUUAAAUAUUCAGGACGUUCUUGUGUCUACUGACAGUGGUGUGGUUGUCUCUUCUAAAGGAUCUAAUGUGCUAUUCCCUACAGAGGCAAGGGAACUAAAUUUGUUCGCCAAACCAACUACAGUUGUUAUCGUAUCAACAGAUAGCACUGACGCCAUACCAGCAGUAUCAAAGCUCUCUCCAGGCCAGGCUGCUUACCACUUCUUAGCAGGAUACCAUGAUGGUAAAUUUGUGCCAGCUUACACCAAGGGCCCCUCCCCUGUGGGUCCACUCGCCCUAGCGAAUUCCUUAUUUUCUCAUUUGAAAGAAGAGAAUGCACCAACAUAUCUGAUAAAUGCCAAGAACUCUGGGAAGUAUAUAACUGGCAAGCAGUUCAUGAGGCUAAUAGAGAGAACAUUAUUGAACAAUUUGCCAGACUACAAAUCUGAAGAUAUGAGAGUUGGGGAAUUGAAGGGGAACUACAAGAGCUUUUUAUCCAUCAAGUUUGGCAAAUAUUUACCUGAGGAGUUCACUUUCUGAGAGUACAGUCAAUGAUUUAGUGUACAUUUACCACACUUUUAACUUGAACUGGGAUAGGGUCCCCCUUUCUCCUCAACUCUCAACCACAAGACACAUUACCAUGACGUCAUUAUAUAUUUCUCUCUUGGUUCUGGCAUGGUUAAUUAGACUGUAUCUGCUGUAAAUGAAUUCAAAUGUUGUGCACAAGCAUGUCAACUACUAAUUUAGUAGCAGCAGAACUCCUGAAGCUUCUUGCGACUGGGAACUCCAAAUCGUCCCUCUCUGUACACCUUUAUGUAGAGAGUCUCUUCCCACCCAUUAAUCCAUUAUCCCAGCUUCAAUAUUUGCUGCACACCAUCGGUACAUUUUAUAUGCUAACAAAGUUAGCGAUCGCAGGUUUACAAGCUGCUCUUUUUCUUCACGUUGCAAUGUUACUGUUCCCAGGACACACGAGUCCUGGCACUGCAGCCUUGUGGAGUACUGGGAUCACAAUGAGAUGUCAGAGCUUCACAUGGUUUCACUGAGAAGGAACUGGUCCGGUGGUCCCUUGACCAUGGCCUAUACUUCUCUUUAUCUCCAUUAACAAGAGAAGUAGUGGACGCCUCAUCAGGGCAAAUAAAUGACGAUGAAUUUAUGGUCUUAUGGAAAGAUGACCAUUCUCAGCAUAGAUCUAACCGGUCGUUGCCUUACCGUAUCCAUCCUUGCGAGUCGCAUGAAUAAUUUAGCAGGCAUAAUGAAGACUAUUGUAUGGACUGUUUAGUUCAUGUGGUCAAGGGAAAUGUUGAAUCUGAAUAGUAGCUGGAGCAAAUCCAUUAUUGAUGAGCAAAUAGCCUGAUCAAAAACCUGCUUGCUAUCACAUGUAUGAUAGGCCUUUUUUGUCCAAUAAUGCAUAAGCCGUUACCAU